AUGACACACUGUGGGCCACUCUUGUUUCCCAAUCUUGACUUAUCUAGGAAUUUAUCAAAAAGGCUUUUUUUGUGCUAUAUUUCAUACUACAACUGUUUUAUAAUGAGCGGCCAACAAUCGCUUAAUCGUUUUUUUAGUGCCAGAAAACCUGAAAUCGUUAAUUCAACUUCCAAGAAGCUAAUAUCGCAAAAACGAACUACAGAGACUGACUAUUCUCCUUUGAAGCGAACCAAAAACUCAACUAUGCUAGAAUGUGGUGACCUAAAUUCUCCCCACUUAGCAAAGGUUGGCUAUCCCGAUUUGGAAAAGGACACUGUUGAUUCAAAUAUUUUGGUUGAAGCUGAGAGCUUGCUAAAACUAGAGUCCAAAUACCAUUCUGACAGUCCUGAUCUUCCCCAAUCACAGGAAAUUUUUUACAGUUCGUUGACAAAUAUUUUUGAAAAACUAGAGCAAGAGCCUGCCAGGCUGAAAAACCUAGCAAUUGCCAGCGAGUUUUUUCUUCAAAUAUUGCGAUCAAACCAUAAACGUACUCUGGUGGAGGUAAUAUACCUUAUGAUUAACAGGUUGGGACCGGAUUAUGAAUUAGAUUUGGAGCUGGGUCUUGGCGAAACGUUGCUUGUAAAAGCUAUUGCUGAAGGCACCGGCAGAACACCUCAACGAAUUAGAUCAGAGCUUCAUAAGCUUGGUGACAUCGGACUUGUAGCCCAAAAUUCAAGAUCAAGACAGCCUACUAUGUUUAAAUCAAAACCCCUCACUAUUCAUUCUGUGUUUGAAAACUUGACUAAAAUUGCUAAGUCUUCAGGAAAUGCAUCACAAGCCCGAAAAAUUGGGUUAAUUAAUCAGAUGUUAACUACGUGUGAAGGAUCUGAAGCUAAAUUUCUAAUGAGAUCUUUGGAGGGAAAGCUUAGAAUUAAUUUUGGUGAGAAAUCUGUGUUGGUUGCGUUAUCAAAAGCGUUUUCUGAGUACGAACAUGAAUUGUCAAGCAAAAAGGGCCACGUAAGCCCUCAGGAGUUAGUUGACGCAGAAGAAGCCAUUAAAAAGGCUUUUAGUCAGAUUCCAAACUAUGAAAUUAUUGUCGACGAAGCUUUGAAAUAUGGAAUAUCCAACCUUGCUACACAUUGUACAUUGAAGCCUGGUAUUCCCCUUAAGCCUAUGUUGGCAAAGCCAACAAAAUCCAUAACUGAAGUCUUAGACCAUUUUCACGGUCAAGAAUUUACAUGUGAGUAUAAGUACGACGGCGAACGCGCGCAAUUACAUGUUCAGGAGGACGGUACUGUGAAGAUAUACUCUAGGAAUUCUGAAGACAUGAGUCAAAGGUAUCCAGAUUUAAUAGACGUUGUCAGCCAAAUAAAAACCCAAUGCAACGGAGUAAUUACGUUGAUCUUAGAUUGCGAAUGUGUUGCAUGGGAUGGUGAAAAGGGCAAAAUUUUACCCUUCCAGGUUCUCUCUACGAGAAAGCGUAAAGAUGUAAAUGCCAAAGACAUUAAGGUCCAAGUUUGUCUGUUUGCAUUUGACAUACUUUUCUUAAAUGGCAAAUCGCUUUUGGAACUUCCCUUAAAAGAGCGAAGGAAAAUACUUCAUGAAAAUGUUAAGCCUAUCGAAGGAAAAUUUCAGUUUGCAGAAGCCAUGGAUGCAGAUAAUGUUGCAGAAAUACAACAUUUUUUGGAUCAAUCAGUGAAAGAUUCAUGUGAAGGUCUGAUGGUAAAAAUGUUAGAUGGAGAUAAAUCACAUUACGAACCUUCAAAGAGAUCUGUCAAUUGGUUAAAGCUAAAAAAAGACUACUUGGAAGGUGUUGGCGAUUCUUUAGACCUAGCAGUUGUGGGAGGGUAUAUAGGAAAGGGUAAAAGAACUGGAUGGUAUGGCGGCUUCUUAUUAGCCUGUUACAACGAAGACAGUGGUGAAUAUGAAACUUGCUGUAAAAUAGGGACUGGAUUUAGUGAAGAAAUGCUUCAGACGCUGUCUGGCACGUUAAAACCAACCGUUAUUCAACAACCGAAACCUUUCUACGUUUACGAUGCAUCGCCUGACGUCUGGUUUGAGCCAACACUAGUUUUUGAAGUUUUGACUGCCGACUUGUCCCUCUCUCCUGUGUAUAAGGCAGGAAUCAACUUCUUCGGGAAAGGCGUUUCUUUGCGUUUUCCGAGGUUUAUACGGGUCAGAGAUGAUAAGAGCCCAGAACAAGCUACCAGCAGUGAUCAAAUUGUGGAAUUAUACCAGAAACAAGCUCAUGUUUAA